AUGACACAACUAGUCGACAUGCAAAACACGGUGCCGCUUCUCAACGGAGAAAUCAGUCUCUCCACGGCCUUAGACGACGAUGACAAUAUCCUCCAAGAGCUCUCCUACCCUGAACGGCGAGUCGACUUAUGUGUGUACCUUUAUCUGCACCGCACCGUAAUCGAAUCGAUUGUGUCGUAUCACAUGAAUCUAAACAAAAGGCAGACAUGCCGUGUGGGGGAAAUCAAAGAGUGGAUUGCUGGGGGCUUCAACGUGUGCAUACCAGUUGAGAUUGACGGUCAGGAGCACAAUGCACCCAAGCGGGUUAUCAUCAGGUUUCCUCUACCGUACAAGGUCGGGGAGAUUGAACACCCAGGAAAUGCAGACGAGAAGCUUCGCUGCGAGGCUGCGACCUUUAUCUGGAUUCGACAGAACUGCCCUUCUAUCCCAAUACCACGAUUAUGGGGUUUUGGGUUUGCAACAGGCCCAUGUUUCACUGCAAUUGAGCACACCACUCUCUUCAGCCGACUGAAAUGGCAUUUUCACCGUGUAGUUUCAUCUAUUUUCGGAUAUCCGCUUCGACCACCUUACUUGAGUCGAAAUUGCCCUUUCAACCUGAAAACCGGAUAUCUCAUCAUGGAUCAUGUCAGAAGCACUGAUGUUGCGAUGCUUUCCGAAUCUUGGGAUGAGCUACGGCAUGACCAAACACGCAGAACCAACCUUUUUCGCGGGCUGAGUCAAAUCAUCUUAUCCUUAGCUCAGUCUCCUUUUGAUCGCAUCGGAUCUCUAACAAUUAACAACCAAGGGAUUAUAAAACACAUGAAUCGCCCUUUAACGGUUCGUCUCCACCAUCUAGAAAACGAAUCCGUGCCGACCAACAUAGACAGAGAUGUCACAUAUUCAACAAGCGAUAGCUACUUUACGGACUUGCUAUCGUGCCACGACAGUCGGUUACGCCACGCCCCGAAUUCAGUACGAAAUAAGGCCGAUGGUGAAGCACAACUGUCGGCUCUUACCAUUAUGCGAGCUCUGCUGUCACAUUUCUCUUACCGCGAUUACCGGCGUGGGCCGUUUAUCAUGACCUUGACGGAUAUACAUCAAAACAACCUCUUUGUCGACAGUGACUGGAACAUCAAGUCACUCAUAGAUCUAGAGUGGACAUGCUCACUGCCGGUUGAGAUGCUCCAUCCACCCUACUGGCUCACUAGUCGUGGGGUAGACCAGUUAUACAAAGGAGAGCAUCUCGAUGAUUUUAGCAAAAUUCAUUCUGAAUUCAUGAAUGUUUUUGAGGAGGAAGAACAAGCUCAUUCUCAAGCGGGGCAUAAAACCCUCGGCCUCGCAAGUAUCAUGAGGAAAGGCUGGGAAAUUGGGAAUUUCUGGUAUUUUCACGCCAUCCAAAGUCCCAAAGGUUUAUAUAAUCUCUUCUUAGAGCACAUACAACCAAGGUUCGCGAAAAUAGAUGGCGCUGGGAUGGCGGAGUUUGAACGGACUAUCUCACCAUAUUGGACACCGAAUACACAAAGCUUCCUUGAUGGCAAGAUGAAAGAGAAAGAGAGAUAUGAUGAACGUCUUCGUGACGCCUUUGCAGCCGCCCAAGUAGAAUCACCUUCAGCGAGUUGA